UCACCUAGGUGCGUUUCUCGUCGCUUGUGGUAAUCCACGGUCUGGUAGAGUUCAUUUCAUAGUACAAUAUAUUUGUGUUAACUGUUGUGAAGGUAGUUCGAAAUGACAGCCGAAGACAGGAAUUUGUCAGCUGUUUUGUAUGGAAUAGAUGAUUUAAGGCUGGAGGAAAUGCCAAUUCCGGAACCAAAAGAAAAUGAGGUGCUGGUGCGAGUACACUGUGUGGGCAUCUGCGGCUCGGAUGUGCACUUCCUGAAGCACGGCCACAUUGGCAGCUACGCACUGGCAGGACCCAUGGUCCUGGGCCACGAAGCCAGUGGCGUGGUGGUGCGCACCGGUGCCGCUGUCAGCCACCUACAGGCAGGUGAUCGGGUGGCACUGGAGCCUGGAGUGCCGUGCCGGCAGUGCACACUGUGCCUCACGGGUCGCUACAAUCUCUGCCGUGAUGUGCGCUUCUGUGCUUGCCCACCGACACAUGGUGCACUCACUGGUUUCUUUGCACAUGCAGCUGAUUACUGUUACAAGCUACCAAAAAAUGUGUCACUGGAAGAAGGUGCUAUGCUGGAACCACUGUCUGUCGCUAUCCACGCAUGUCGCCGAGCAGGUAUCACCUUGGGUUCCUCUGUACUUAUCAUAGGAGCAGGGCCGAUUGGUCUUGUGACCAUGCUCACAGCCAAGGCCAUGGGUGCCACCAACAUACUGAUCACAGAUCUGCUGACUCACCGACUGGAAAUGGCAAAGAAGAUUGGGGCAACAUCUACACUUCAUAUCCGCUCUGCUGAUAAACAAAAAACUGUUAAAGAAAUAGUCAGUCUCUUAAAAUGUGAGCCACACAUUUCCAUUGAAUGCAGUGGAUCGGAGAAUGGUAUAUGUUUGGCAGUAUUGGCAACAGCGCCAACAGGUGUGGUUAUGCUGGUUGGAAACAGUCCACCAGAAGUAAAAGUGCCUUUGAUAGAAGCCAGCUUGAAGGAAGUUGACAUACGAGGCAUAUUUCGUUAUAGCAAUACGUACCCAACAGCUCUAUCAAUGGUAGCUUCAGGUGUUGUUGACAUCAAACAGCUUAUAACACAUAAGUACCCUCUCGUAAAAAUUGCUGAAGCAUUUGAAAAAGCUCACACAGGAGAAGACAAUCCAAUUAAAAUUAUGAUAUACUGCUCAGAUAGCAAUGAGAAUUUUACUUCUCAUGAAUAAUGUAAACAUGAUUAAAAAGUGAAACAAUAAACAUUGAAAUGUUCAGCAAUUAAGCAGCAGAUUUAUAAAAGUUCACCUUUAUAUGACUGAGAAAAACUAAAAUGUUGUUAUAAAGAAAAAUCAAAUACUGGAAGCAUUCUUAAUGACAACUGCAAUUGUAUUAUACACAACUGUAUUUCAUUAAAAUAAGAAAUAAAUAAUCAGAUUGCUAAUUAAA